CCGCCCGCCCGCUCCGCCCCAGCCGCGGCCGCGGGGCUUCUCCGCUCCCGGGGCGCCGGUCCGGCUGCGGCCCCGAGCUGCGGCGGCGUCCGCGGCUGGAGCGCCGCCUCCCCGCUGGUGGGCACAGCGCCGGGCUCCCAACGGGAGGCAGAGGAAGGAGAGGCGGCGGGCGGGUUCCGCGGCGCGGCCUCCGCGCCCUCCCCGUCCCGAUCGCGACCCCGGUUGCGCCCGCUCUCGCCGGGUGUGCGCUGCGCUCCCGCGGCUCGAUGUCGGCGCGGCGGCGGCGGAGGGCGGCCACAGAGCCGGAGGAGGAAGAGGAGGAGGAGGAGGAGGCGGGUAGCGACAAGGAAGUGGAUUUGGAAGAAAGACUUCAUGAGCUGGACCUUAGAGGUGAUUCAGAUAUUCCUGAUGUUCCUCCACCAACAGACAGCACUCCAGAAAUCCUCAAGAAGGCUUUGUCAGGCUUAUCUGCCAGGUGGAAAAAUUGGUGGAUUCGUGGAAUUCUCUCCCUAGCUAUGAUUUCUGGUUUUUUUCUGAUUAUAUAUCUGGGAUCAUUUAUGCUGAUGCUUCUGGUCUUAAGCAUUCAAGUGAAGUGUUAUCAUGAAAUCAUUACUAUCGGUUACAGAGUCUACCACUCAUAUGAUUUACCAUGGUUUAGAUCCCUCAGCUGGUACUUUUUGCUCUGUGUGAACUACUUCUUUUAUGGAGAGACUGUAGCUGAUUACUUUGCUACAUUUGUGCAAAGAAGAGAGCAGCUGCAAUUCCUCAUUCGUUACCACAGAUUUAUAUCUUUUGCCCUCUAUUUAACAGGAUUCUGCAUGUUUGUUUUGAGUUUAGUGAAGAAACAUUAUCGUCUGCAGUUUUACAUGUUCGCAUGGACUCAUGUCACUUUGCUGAUCACUGUAACUCAAUCUCAUCUUGUCAUCCAAAAUCUCUUUGAAGGCAUGAUCUGGUUUCUGGUUCCAAUUUCAAGUGUUAUCUGUAAUGACAUUACCGCUUAUAUUUUUGGAUUCUUCUUUGGCAGAACUCCAUUAAUUAAGCUGUCUCCUAAGAAGACCUGGGAGGGUUUCAUUGGAGGCUUCUUUUCCACUGUUGUAUUUGGAUUUAUUUUUUCCUAUUAUUUGGCUCAACAUCAGUACUUUGUCUGCCCUGUGGAAUACAACAGUGAAACCAACAGAUUUGUGACAGAGUGUGAACCUUCAGAGCUCUUCCAAAUGAAGAAGUACUCUGUGCCACCAUUGCUUCAGGCUGUAUUGGGAUGGGAAACGGUGAAUAUGUAUCCAUUUCAGUUGCACAGCUUUGCACUGUCAACAUUUGCCUCAUUAAUUGGGCCAUUUGGAGGAUUCUUUGCCAGUGGAUUUAAAAGAGCUUUCAAAAUCAAGGAUUUUGCAGACACAAUCCCUGGGCAUGGUGGCAUAAUGGAUCGCUUUGAUUGUCAGUACUUGAUGGCCACUUUUGUUCAUGUCUACAUCACCAGUUUCAUAAGGGGUCCAAAUCCCAGCAAAUUACUGAAACAGCUGUUGAUACUUCAGCCUGAACAACAAUUAAGUGUGUAUAAAACCCUGAAAUCUCACCUCGUUGAAAAAGGGAUCUUGCAGCCAUCUCUAAGAGGGUAGUUUGUCAAAACAGAGGACUAGAAGAAAACUCCAUCUACCAGAAGCCUGCGGAAAAACAUUGCGAAAGUGCACAUAAAUAAUGGCUAAAGGAAGAGUAGUUUAUAGUCUGGAACAGGUGAAUGUUUCCUGAAAUGAAUGUGAAUGCUAUGACUUCCUACUAGGACACUAAAGAUUUCUUCCUCCUAAAAUAAUUCAAAUGCUUACGGAGUAAUGGUACACAUGCUGUGCAUUUUAGUUCCUGAGAUGGAUGGCAGCAGCCGUUCUUCAGCACCCAGCCUACUAGUCUUUGUAUUUCAGAAAAAAAAUUAUGAAAUUCACUGUAAGUUUUUAAUGAAUUAUUUAAAGCUGUAUAUCUUAGCAAUACCUUUUUGGUCUCCGAUGGUUAAUGAAGUGUAAACAUGUCAGGAAGGCAGUAACUUCUGUAUAGGCUGAUGCUGAAAUUACUAUUGGCCAGAAAACACUUGUUAGCCUGGUCAAAGAAGUAGUUCAAGCCUGCUCUAUCAGACUACCUGUAUUUACUUAGUUGUUAUGAAGUUUAAACUUAGCUCUGUUUUUAAUUUAACAGCUUUCUUAUGAAACCAUUUCAUGCUUUCAAGAGAAAAAUACAUUUAUGGAAAUACAGCUGGGCAUUGAAAUACAGUUGGGUAGUUCAGGCUGUGAAGCUGCUAUUUUUGUUGUUGUUGCUAACAUUACACAUCAUGAACAAGUCUGUACCUCCAGGAGUAGAGAUUACAGAAUUCUCCAGCCCAAUAAACAGAUCAGGGAGAAUCUGAAGCUUAAGUCCCUAGUUUCCAUGGCCAGGUUGGUGUCUAAAGACAGAAAUUCAAGCCUUAUUCCUUGUGCCUCCUAACUGCUUUGUAGAACCGGGGUAUUUCCUUCUUUUUAAAAGCACUUUGAGGUCCUGACUAACAAGUGAGGUUUAAGUGGUGUGUUGGUGUGUAUCAGUGUGUUACUCAGUGAGGGCAGAAACUUUUAUCUCGUGAAUGUGCACAGUGCAAGACAGGAUGCGUGGUUCUUCUGCUGUAUAUCUUUAUUUAUUAAGAAGAUCCUCAAGCAAGCUUGGGUAACCACAAAGGGGUUUGAAUGGAGAAUUUUUAUAGAAAGCAACUAUUCUGUAGACUUAGUGGGAUAUAUGAGGAGAAUUAAUGCUCCAUUAUUCUAAAUCGUAGUUGUUUUACAACUUUUUUCAUCAUGUAACAUGUCUUGAUGCAAAUAAAAAUAUGAACUUUUUUUGAAAUUACAAAAAUUACUGCUGUACAAACAGAAAGCACAAAUGCCAAUUUUGUCUUCAUAUACUGUAAAUUGAUACAAUUUCAUUUUUCCAACUAACUGUAAAUAAGUUUCUCUACAUACCGAUGCCAUAUCUAUGUGUGUGUAUAUAAAUUAUUAAAAGAUGUAUGUAUAUAUACUAAAGAUUAAAAUUUAAAUGGUUGGUGCUACUUGAGGAUACGAUUGUGGAGAAAAUUUGGGUGGGUGAUAAGAUGUAUCAGUAAAAUUCAAACUGCUUUUUAUUGAACACCACAUAGCUGAGACCACCGUGCACUCUGUUUUGCACUUGAGCUUGUACAGCUUGUGUAUGGAAAGGCAGCCCCUUGUAGAUUCAACAAAAUCCAGGUCUGAAGGAAUUCCUGUUAAUGUCAAGUAUUGACAGACUUAAAUUAUGUCUGACUUGGAGAUUGCAGUACUGUAUUGAAGGAGCACUCCAGGAGAUGAAAAACAUCACCUGCUGCUUGUCCAUCAGUGGCUCUGUGACUUGGCAUAUUAGUUGGAGGGGACUGAAGUUCAGCCCUCACUCCAGAUAGAGCACAGCCUGAAGUUAAAAGGUAGCACAGCUACCUUUGGAAAGAUGAUUUAAAAAGAAGUGAAGAAAAAAAUGUGAAGGAAACCAAAGUAGAAUAUCUUCAAAACUAGCUUUUAGAUGAGUCUUUGGUUAUGUAUGGGGCUCUGGUAUAUGUUUUAAUAAAAUGCAGCCAUACUGGAACUAGUAUCUCUUUAUCCUGGGUAUUAAAAAAAAAAUCUAAAUAUUUUAAAAAUAUAUAGAGAAUAUAUAUAUAAAAGGGUAAUUGUUACUUCAGAAACUUGAAAUUUUUAGUGUAAUUUUAUAGCAUGUACAAUAAGGAAGUUAGAAUAUAUUUUAGUAUUUAAUACAACAGAGCAUAUGAAAUUAAUUGUUGUCAAUGUGCACAAUAGAAAAUUCAACACUGCAAUUCUGCUUUUCAGUGUUAAAAUGAAGAUGGGAUCACCUGUGAACUCACUCAUCAAUUUUCUAGGUAGAGUAAUAGCUUCCUUCUGGUUUAGGCUUGAUGUGGCUGAGCAGGAUCUGUCUCUGUGAAGUGACAUCCAUACUUGGUUACUAUAAAGAGAAUUUACCACACUGGCUACUUCUGUUAGUUCAAGCAUUGCAACAUGAUCAACAGGGAAGUUAACUUUGUACAUCAGUGAUUCCUUUCACUUGCACUUUUGUCCCAAGUGGCUAUAAUUACCUGCUGAGCAAAAAAGAAAAAUGUAUAUUCUGUAAAUAUUGUAAAUGGUAUGAGCAUUUAAUGUCUGUUUUAGUUUGACUGUUUCAAUCUUUCAUUGAAGCAGGUGUGUAAAAAAAAAAAAUAAAAUUGGGACAGAAGUC